AUGCCGUCCAUGGUUGGCACGGCUAGUAUGAAAUCCCAAAUAUCAACCUCCUCCUCCACAUCCACCUCGGGAGUACGACCACCCGGCCGUCGACAAUGCUGGGAAUGUCUCCGGCGUCGACUCGUCUGUGACUUUGGAACCCCAACCUGCAACAAGUGUCGUGCAUCGGGGGUGACCUGUCCCGGGUAUGGAGAGAAGAAGCCCCUCAAGUGGAUCCCCCCGGGGAGGGUCACCUCGCGCACGCGACAACGACGUCGUCCACCGGCCAGCGAGCCCGAAGAGAGGGGUCAGACUACCUCGCCCAAUCAUGCCGCCCUCGUCGCAGAGGAUCCGGAUCCGCCACCCGGUUCCUGCAGCCCGGAACGGGCCGUCGUCAAAUUGACCAUCCCGCGCCUGCAGUUGGGAACCGAGGCCAGCGCGGUCGUCCAGGCCGCGUCGUACUAUAAUGCCUGCAUCUAUCCCAGCUUUGCGGCCUUCCAUCAGUUAGCCCCCAACCCGUACAUCACGCGCUUCUCCCACGCCGUCAUCCCGCAUCUCCCCCCGGCCAUGUGCCACCUGUUGGUCUGUCUCGCCUUGGGCCAUCGCAUCCAGAGUCUCAUGCUCAACACCAACUACGGCGCCCUGGUCGAGGUGCGAUCCCGGCUGUACCACCACCGAGGGAUGGCUAUCCAGCUCCUGGCCGACGCUAUCGGCAACGCCAUCACCCGGACGAGCGACUUGACCAUCGCCAGUGUCCUGAUGCUCUUGUUUACCGAUGCACGGCAGUCCCUCUCGUCCAACUGGCGCCAUCAUUGUGUCGGCGCGAACGAGUUGAUCAUGCUCCGCGGCGGCCUACCCGAAUUGUAUCGCUCCUCGCCGGCCUUGAAGCAAUCGUUGUUGUACUUCGUCAUCAUCAGCGUCAUCGGCAACACCACCACCCCCCCAGCUGACCAGAUCGCCGCCUCCUCUCACGUCCACCUCAUCGAUUUCGUCGCCGAGAUCUACGGCGAUGGCCUCUUCCCCGUCCUGCCCUGCCCCCCAUCCCUCUUUCGCAACAUCAUCGAGAUCAACCACCUGCGAUCCCUCGCCACGGACCCCGCCUGCGUCCGCGUGCCGCUCCAAUCCGCCGCCCAGGCCCUCCUCGACCGCAUCAGCGUCUUCUCCCCUCACCAGUGGUCCACGGCCAACGCAGCCGCAACCUGCCACGAUGAGUGGCUCCUCCUCGGCCGCAUCUAUCACUCCGCCGUCUCCCUCUUCGGCAUCGCCGCCCUGCAGAGCGCCGGCCUGCUUCCCGCCGCGCCCCCCUCGAGGCCACGCGCGCCGCCCACGCCCGCGUGCUCUUCCUCCUCCUCCAAGGGCAUGGUGUGGCCGCUCAUCGUCGCCGGCGUCGAAGCCGCCAACGCCGGUCCCGCCGAUCGUGCCUUUGUGGACGAGCAAUUAACCGAGAUGAGUCGCGAUCUCGGUACCCCCGUGCCGCUGCAGGCGAAACCGCUGUUUCAGCGAUUCUGGGGAUCAGGGAAUGUGGAAUGGGACGAUUGUUUCGACCGGUCGCAUGUGUUUGUUGUUUGA